AUGCCUCAGUCAGCAACAAGCCAACCAAUUCCCGACCCCGUCGGGGUUGUCCUUCAGCCACACGUUGCGUCUGCCACAACUGUCAGUGCCAACAGUGCUCCUGUUGCUGCACCUGACUUGGAGCCAUCACCACUGCAUCAAACGUUAUCGCGGCCUGUUCAGAGUCGGUCUCAAGUCGUCGCUCCUUUACCUGUGCGUCCCAUUACCCUUCCCAGAGUCGGACCUCGUGCUCCAAAGACCGAAGAGCAACGCAGAGAAGAAGGUCGCUUGCCCCUCGUUAUGGAGCAUGAAGAGAUGCCGAUGCAUCGCCCAAGCGGCGGCUCUUCAUCCGGCUCUGAUGAAGAUGCUAUCCCAUCCUCUGCCUAUGCGUAUCCUACCACUUCCUACGAUAACCCUGAUGGCCCUGUAACCUAUACUCCCACUUCCUCCAUCUCCGCGUAUACACCCUCUACGGGGUUCUCCUCCGGACUCUCCUCCUGGGGCCCAUAUGGACCAAGACCAAGAGGUGGGAGCGGUGGGCCCCAGAACAUGGACCGAUCUUUCUCGGAAAGCGCUCAGAGUGCCAUCUCAGAGCUGCGAGGCGCCAGACCUGGUGCUCCGCUCCGGACACCUUCAAAUACCUAUGCACCUCCACGAAAGCCGCCUCAAUUUCUGUCCCUCAAUUCUAAGAGAAUACAUUCCUCAAACACUAUGCGGGGCACGAGAAGGGAUCCGAAUGCACAGUACAAGGCACAGGAGAAGGCCUAUGUUCAGCGAGUUAGACAACAACCGCAAGAUUGGCUUGACAAUGAUCCUCGAACGCCGAGUAUUGGGUACAGUACGGAUGACGAGACCGACGAUGAAUCUCCGUCGGCCGAACACGGGUUCGACGAUCCGUACGACCCAGAGACGCUCAUGUUUCUGGGCAACGAGGAGAAUCUCCAGCCGACAGAGGAGGAACUGCAGAAUUCCGAGAACAGAGAACGGCUCGAGUGGCAUUCGAUGUUGGCUUCCGUUCUCAAAGGUGACGUGGUCAAGCAGGAGAAGCAGCGGCUGAUCGGCACAACCGAGCAAAAGAGCAAGGCAGAAUUGGGCGCCGAGAUCUGGCUGGGUGUAAGGGCAAAAUAUUAUGGCCGACCUUUACAAAUGCAGAAGAAGCUUAUUGAAGAAGGUCGUGCUCAAAUCGGCCCCAUUAUCGAACAAAUCAUUGCCUUUGAGAUCAAGGGCGAGACAGUGGUAGGCAAGUCGCCGCUAGAACAAGUCGAGGAGGCAGUGGCAAACAUUGAGAAGUGCGAAUGGCUGUAUCCGUCGCGGAGAGAACUCGAAGCUGCUCAGAGCAGGGCUGCUUCUGAUGCUUUCAAACAGAGUUGUGACGCCAUCAUCUCCUGGCACAAUAUCACACAAUCCAUCAAUACUGAGCUGGCUGUUCUUCAGGCAUGGGUCGGGAACUUCGAGUUAGAUUUCACUAGGCAAAAACGUCGGUCCAGCAGAGAUGGAGAUCUUUCUGAUGAAUCUUCCUUCAUCGACAGGAUUCUGAAGGAGGAUGGCCUGAAGUCGCUCCAGGGUGAUAAGAGUAUGUUCCUGGCUAUCGGCGAGGUCAUCACGAAGGCCAAGAGCACCCUGAUUGAGAACGCUGAGGCGUUUGCCGCCCGUCAUCUUCCUCCUUACAUCGAAGAGCUUUUGACUUUGAUCAAUUUCCCGUCUAGAUUAAUCCAGGAGAUCAUCCGUAUGCGGCUGUUAUAUGCGAAGAAGAUGAAGGAAUCAGCGCAGCAGUCUGUAAUGAUCAUCGACCAGAUGAUUGCACAGUUCCAGAUUCUCAUGCGGCUCGCUUGCCUCAUCAAGCAAGAAUACCUCACAAUGGCUCAUCCUGAACCAGGAUGGGACUUGCCUCCUUGCAUUGACGAAAUCUUCGACAAGGUCAUUGUCGACGCCCUCAAGUUCUACUUUAAGAUGUUGAACUGGAAAUUGGGCGCGAACAAGAACACAUUCCGCGAAGCUGAAAUCCUCGAACAGGAAUGGGGCUUUUCGAACGAGAUAGGCCGUCAACUCGAAGGUGGCGAUAUCGAGGUUGCAGAGCAGUUCAGUUCCUUAACAGCCAAAUCUUUACUUCGCCUCACUGCUUCAUUCGAGCGAGAGCUUCGAAGCAAACCUGACGAGAGUCCGCAGGAAAUGGAGAAACGAUACAAGGCUAUUCUAGAUUCUGUCCGAGUUCGACAACGGAAGCUGUUUAGGUUCUCGCGGAUUCUGCGGCAAAGGUUCGAGAAUGCGACGGAGUUCAAUGUGGGAAUGGGGGCAGAGCAGCUCCAGGGGUUCGCGGAAGCCCUCGUGUUAUCUGGCCACUUCCUCGUGGAAGUAAGUACCAACAGUCCGAAAGGCAUUCAUUUUGUGGCUUCGGCGUCGCUGUGGAACAGACCGAAAGAGAUCCAGUCAAUGCUGGGAACUUCAUUUCAUGAGGAUGAUGCGGCAGAAGAUCCCUCAAACCCUUACAUUUUGAUCAUCAGGCCGGAGGACGACAUGGCUUGGGAGGGACCCAGAAUGGAGCUCGAUACUCUGGAACUGCCUACUGAUGUAAGACUGGGUAGACUCCGUCUCGUGGCUGACGGAUCAUCGCUUCGUCUUCAAGGCGCUCGGAUGGAAUUUGCCAAUGCUAUCGGCAGAGAAUUGGACGUGGUCAUUGAACAGAGAGCUAACCUGUCUCGAGUAAAUCUUGAGCUUGGAAAAAUCAAGAAGACCACGUUCAAACUGUCUAAUACGAUCAUGGAAAGUGUGGAGGUGAUUCGAUCGCAGAAUGGGGGGAUCGCAAGCCCAGAGUUGGUGCAAUCUUGCUUUGCUUUUGCAACUGAAUUUGGGAAACGAUCUCUGACAUAUAUGGAUGCCAACCGACGUAUGAUGAACAACAUGAAGCUCACUCGACUUGCACUGGACUGGAUCAGCUUUAUUUGUGAUGAUUGUGAUGCGGCUGACCGGAGAACGUUCAAAUGGGCAGUUGUUGCAUUGGAGUUUGCAAUGGCGAUGACGCGGGGAAGGAAUAUUCUGGACAUCACGGACGAGGACUACAAACGCAUCAGGGUCAAGGUGGCUGGCUGCAUGUCUGUAUUGAUCUCUCAUUUCGACAUCAUGGGUGCGAGAUCGACUUUGGCUGCACAGCAGGAGAAAUCCCGGAUGGAGGCAUUGACUGGCAUGAACAAGCGACUGGACUACAACAAAUUGCGCAACGACGAGGAUUGUCGUAAUGAAAUGUGCCAACAGAGACUGGCCGAACUUAAUGCCAUCGACCAAGUUCGUGAGGAACGAGGCACAAAGACUACUCUCGGACGCGUGUUGGAGGGAUCGAACGAAGCUGACCGGUCGCUCACCUUCCUCUCUUCUUCUGCGACCAACAUCACAAUGCGAUGGCAACAAGGUCAAUUUGUGGGCGGAGGUACUUUCGGCUCGGUCUAUGCGGCCCUCAAUCUCGACACAGGAACUUUAAUGGCCGUCAAAGAGAUUCGUCUUCAAGACCCCCAGUUGAUUCCAACGAUUGUCAAGCAGAUUGGUGAUGAGAUGGGUGUUUUGGCGGUUCUCGAUCAUCCCAACAUUGUCUCGUACUACGGAAUCGAAGUUCAUCGCGACAAGGUGUACAUCUUCAUGGAGUACUGCUCUGGCGGUUCGGUGGCUGGUCUUCUUGAGCAUGGACGGAUUGAGGACGAAACCGUCAUCAUGGUCUACGCACUACAGAUGUUGGAAGGAUUGGCUUAUUUGCAUUCGGCACAUAUUGUUCACCGGGACAUUAAGCCGGAGAAUGUCCUUCUUGAUCAUAACGGUGUUAUUAAAUACGUCGAUUUUGGUGCAGCGAAGAUCAUUGCGCGACAAGGACAAACAAUGAUGGCCCCAGAGCCGCCACAGCGCGCCAAUGUCGAUCCUGGCCAGCUUCCAAGACAGCCACAGAAGACAAUGACGGGAACACCAAUGUAUAUGUCACCCGAGGUGAUUCGUGGAGAUGGACCAGCAACCUCACGCUUCUCGGGAGCCGCAGAUAUUUGGUCAUUGGGAUGUGUGAUUUUGGAAAUGGCAACGGGCCGUCGUCCUUGGUCGACUUUGGACAACGAGUGGGCAAUCAUGUACAACAUUGCUCAGGGUAAUCCACCACAACUACCCACCGAGGACCAGCUGAGUCCGAUGGGGAUUGAUUUCUUGAAGAAAUGCUUCGAGCGUGAUCCAGCCAAAAGAAGCUCGGCGGCUGAAUUGCUGCAGCAUCCUUGGAUCGUGGAGAUUAGGCGGAUGGUGGUUGAUGAUCCUGACGCUCAGACGCCCAAGAGUGAGAGCAGCGGAGGGGUGUCGCUUCCAAGCCGACAGAACUCGACAGCAUGA